GGGAAAAGGUACAGAUUUUCAGUGUUUUGUCUGAUUUUCUAGUCCAUUUUCAAGUCGGACAAAUAUGCCUAAACUUAGAAUCAUGUAUAAAACUCUUACACCCUUCACCGGAAAAUUCAAACAAUGAGAUUUAAAAAAAGGUUUGUUUUUUGCUACGAUCGAUCAAUGAAAUCUUAAAAAAAAGAAAAAAGGAAAUGGAGAUUUGUCUCUUUCCCGUAAUCAUCUCAAAGAGGGGCGGAGAACGAUUCUUCGAUAGUGGCCUCGCAAACUUCUUUACAACUUUUGUCAUCAUCAGCAUAGACUUCAUAUAAAAUUCAAAAUUUGUCAUUUGGGUCCUUUAAUCUUCGUCUAUGGAGCAUUAAGCUCCACAGAGACUUUACUUUAGCAGCACCUCUCCUCGGCCGGCUCUGAUUUUUCUGAAGUUUUAGUCGCUUAUUCAACAGUUUUGCAACGAUGAGAGGCAUCGGAAGCCAAAGAGUUCCGCUGCUUGAUCGUGGGGGAGGAGGAAAGAGCAAUGGCUCAUCGGAUGAUCGUCAGUUAACAGACCUGGAACUUGGGGAUGCUGUGCCGCCCGCAAAUGUUGGAUUUGGCAGAGUACUUUCACUUGCCAAGCCUGAAGCGGGAAAGUUGAUAAUUGCUACCAUUGCUCUUCUGAUUGCUUCCACGACUAGUAUAUUGAUCCCAAAAUUUGGUGGAAAGAUUAUUGACAUUGUAUCUGGAGAUAUAGACACGCCCGAACAGAAGAGUAAAGCUCUAAAGGAAGUCACUAGCACCAUUGUAUACAUCACAUCGAUUGUCUUAGUUGGUUCGGUGUGCUCAGCUGUUCGAGCUUGGUUAUUUUCUUCUGCUAGUGAGAGAGUUGUUGCUCGCUUAAGGAAGAAUUUGUUUACUCAUCUUCUUAAUCAGGAAAUAGCCUUCUUUGAUGUUACUCGAACAGGGGAACUUCUCAGUAGGCUAUCUGAGGACACCCAAAUAAUUAAGAAUGCAGCAACCACCAAUCUUUCUGAGGCCCUAAGAAAUCUAUCAACUGCAACAAUUGGGUUGACCUUCAUGUUUUCAACUUCUUGGAAGUUAACAUUAUUGGCUUUGGUUGUUGUCCCUGUUAUUUCUGUCGCUGUUCGUAAAUUUGGUCGCUUCCUUCGUGAGCUUUCUCACAAGACUCAAGCAGCUGCUGCUGUCUGUGCUUCAAUUGCUGAGGAAUCUUUUGGUGCUGUGCGCACUGUCAGAUCUUUUGCUCAAGAAUCCUAUGAGGUAUCACGGUACUCUAAGAAAGUCGAGGAGACAUUGCAACUUGGACUUAAACAAGCUAAAGUGGUUGGAUUAUUCUCUGGAGGUCUCUAUGCAGCAUCGACUUUAUCUGUUAUUGUUGUUGUGAUAUAUGGAGCUAACCUGACAAUCAAAGGGUUCAUGAGUCCGGGAUCUCUAACAUCUUUCAUCCUUUAUAGUUUAACUGUUGGAACUUCUGUAUCGGGGUUGUCAGGAUUGUACACUGUUGCCAUGAAAGCUGCUGGAGCUAGUAGACGAGUUUUUCAGCUCCUUGAUCGUGUAUCAACAAUGACAAAUUCAGGAAACAAGUGCCCUAUUGGUGACCUAGAUGGAGAAGUUGAGUUGGAUGAUGUCUGGUUUGCAUAUCCGUCCCGCCCUGAUCACACUGUGCUGAAGGGAAUAUCAUUGAGAUUGCAGCCUGGUUCUAAAGUAGCUCUAGUUGGUCCGAGUGGCGGUGGAAAAACCACCAUAGCAAACCUGAUCGAAAGAUUUUAUGAUCCCACUAAAGGACGGAUUCUGAUAAAUGGGGUUCCUCUUGUGGAGAUAUCACACGACCAUUUACACAAAAGGAUCAGUAUUGUCAGCCAAGAGCCUGUUCUUUUCAACUGCUCCAUAGAAGAGAAUAUAGCCUAUGGUUUAGAUGGAAAAGUUGAUAGCAUUGAUGUAGAAAAUGCAGCUAAAAUGGCCAAUGCACAUGACUUCAUAUUAAACUUCCCUGAGAAGUAUAAAACCCACGUCGGAGAACGCGGGGUGAGGCUUUCGGGUGGUCAGAAACAAAGAGUAGCUAUAGCAAGAGCUCUACUUAUGAACCCAAGAAUCCUCCUUUUGGAUGAAGCCACAAGUGCUCUAGAUGCUGAAAGUGAACACCUAGUACAGGAUGCCAUGGAUUCUCUGAUGAAAGGCAGGACCGUCCUAGUCAUUGCUCAUAGGCUAUCUACCGUCAAGACUGCAGAUACCGUGGCCGUCAUUUCUGAUGGUCAAAUCGUUGAAAGUGGAACACAUGAAGAACUUCUUAGCAAGGAUGGUGUCUAUACUGCACUAGUGAAAAGGCAACUACAAGAUACAAAAACAACAUAAGACAAAUUACUUUUGCUUCAAUGAUUGAUAGAAAGCUCACACCCUUUUCUUCUUAAUAGUUCUUUUAUAAGAAAGAUGCUUGUGUUGUACAUUUGUUUUGUGUUUACUGUCAACAACACUGGUGAGUAGGAUGAGAAAGACUGAAAAUAGACUUCAGGAUUAUGUAAUUCACUCCAAAUGUUCUUCAGUUGACGAAACCUGUCUAAAACUUUCUGAGAAAAUUCAAACAGAAAGUAAAGGAAAAUCAAUAAUAAAUGAAACUUCUGUUUAAAGUUUAUGUUGAA